AUGUCUUCUCAGCAGCAAGGCGGAAACCCCCCGGUUCAGGACCAGCAGGAGGACUACGUUGACAAGGGUCUCGAUGCUGUCGAGAAGAAGUACGGCCACGGCCAGACCCUUGACCGUAGCACCAACGAGAAGAUCACCGACGGUGCUCGCGGUGUGUUCGAAAAGUUCACUGGAAAGAAGGUCCCCGAGAAGUUCUCGAACUAA